CUAUUUUCUAUGAGUCCUAGAUCUAGAUCAGGCCUCCUGCAAUCCUGCGAUGCAAGUAAAAGCAGUUAUUAUCACUAUUCAGUUGUUUGCUACUAGUGUUGCAGAGCUAUCAUUGUUCAGCCACACUGACAUCCACCUCCACUGUGGCCUGUCCUGAUGACACUGUCACCUUCACCUGCACUCUGCCUGGUAGUCUCAUACGAUGGAUGGUCACUUCUCCACAACUGCAAGUAUUUACCAUAACUGUGGACACCAGCAACACUGAUGUCACACAAGGUAAUCCAGCAUUCCGUAGUGUUUUCACUGACUCUAGUGGAGGAAUGGUUACUGCCAAUCUCGUCUCACUGUCUGAGGCCUCCAUUGUAGAAGGUACUAUGGUGUUGUGUGAUGGAGAGAGCUCACGAGAAGGUCCUCUCACUAUCACUGUGGCUGAUCCACCCUCCCCUCUACUCAACCCAAGAGUAUCAUUCACUCUAAACCAACCCAGUUCCUCUAAUAUCACUCUGGAGUGGGACUCCCCCUCCUCUACUGGUGGUGUGUCUGUCAGCUAUGUUCUCACCAUCUCCCCAACACCUCUCUCUGGGUCACCAGUCACUGUGGAGACCACCUCCACACAGAUAACCAUCUCCUACAACACUUUAUACAAUGUGACCGUCAGAGCUGUCAACUGUGUUGGAAUGAAUGAAAGUUUAAUUGUUGAUCUAACUCCUUCUUGUAAUACAGUGGUGUGCCCCACACCGUCUACUGCUGCUGGUGUGACCAUCAUCAACACACCUCCUGUCACUAUUGGUGGAUCCAUGCUCUCCUUCACUUGUAGUGGAGACAAUGAAGUGAGAACCUCAACCUGUGGCAUUAAUGGAUGGUCUCCUGACCCUGGGACCGUUGACUGCAACAGUCCAGUUACAGAUCCCCCAGUCACCUGUAGUUCUCCUGCCACACCGUCUGGAGGUUGUGUGGACAUCAGUGGUGUCCCACCACCUUUCUCAUUGGGUUCAGAAGUUAUAUAUCGCUGUGACGAGAGACUGUUUCCCCUUGAUGUGAGGACCAGCAUAUGCACUGAUGUGGGGGGUAGGGGAGAGUGGGUGGAGAAUCCUGGGAGCUUGGUGUGCAGGGAAAGGCCAGUCAACUGCUCUCUACCUGAGCAGCCCUCCAACGGAACUAUAGUAAACUAUGAGGGGUUGAAUGAGACAGUGUUGGAGGGAACAGUGCUGACUUACCAGUGUGACAAUGGACUCUCACUGACUGGAUCCAACACCAUCAUUUGCACUAAUGCUGGAGUCUGGAACCUUGAGCCUAGCACCAUCAUGUGUGUGUCCCCAACAACUGUCCCUCUACUGGCUGAUAACGUUGGGGCUAUAGCUGGUGGUUCUCUUGGCAGUCUGUUUGUGGUGGUGGUACUGGUUGUUGUGGUGUUCAUAGUCUUAGUAAAGAAAACAAAAAGUAGCACCCAACUGUCAGACAAUAAAGUUCCAAAAGUCGCAGCUGGUCCAGUAUACGAGGAAGUCGGUCUAGUAACAGCACAAAGAACACAAGACAUUCAAGUGGUGUCUAAUGAAGCUUAUGGACAAAUGGCAAAGAAAAACAUUGAGUUGCAGUCAAACCAGGCUUAUGGAGAACUCAAAUAUACAGCUUAAUUAAUUUAACUGAAAUAGUACUUAAUUGUUUGUUGAUUCAAUAUGGUAUACGAUAUAGCAUUCACUUC